AUGACUCCCAAACAACGAAGAGCUCCUCAAAAGGAACAUGUUGAAGCUGCAGAAAUGAUUGUCAAGAAAUACCUCACAGAGGACUUUGAUUAUUCCAAGAUCGACUUCAGUUUAUUAACCACCAUGAGAUACGACCCUUCUCUCUAUAGAGGAGACCUUCCAUUAUUAGAUGCGAUCUAUCAAGAACCCUUGGACGAAUCGUUUUUCUUUUUGAUUGAAAAUCAUAUUAGACGAAUCAAUAUUGCCAGAGACUUUUUUGAAAUCACCGAUAUGGGUGAGCUGACUAAGAAGAUACUUUUGCAACAUGUUACAGAGGCCAUGAAAGGUCUGGGUCUUGACAAAGUAUCACCUUACAAAGUGAGGAUUUUGGUCGACAAACAAGGGCAGAUCCACUUGGAUCUUGUUGGGCCUAUCGACAUCCCACUCAACACUUCCUUGGACUGUGCUACCACAUUUACUGCCUAUUUAGAUACCAAACCUACCGUGAUAUCUCCCUUUACAUCUUUCAAGACUACUUACAGAAAGGCUUACAACAACGCCAAGGCUCGGACUGUUCCCGAAAACACUAUUAAUACCGAUGUUAUUCUAUAUAAUACCGCUGGAAGCAUUACCGAGAGUUCUUUCUGUAACGUAGCUUUACAACGAAGCGUCAAGAACCCACUUACUGGACAAGAAACUAUGAGAUGGGUUACACCCCCAUUAUCGGUUGGAUGUAUUGAAGGGACAUUUAGAAAAUAUCUAAUGGACAAAGAAAUCCUCUAUGAAGCGGCGGUUUCUGUAAAGUCCUUAAAAAAUGGUGAAGUUAUACUUCUAUUCAAUGCAGUUCGAGGAAUCAUCAAGGCACAAUUGGUCUUGUAA